AUGGCGAAUCUGUAUGUGAAGGCGGUACCACCGCCGGAUAUGAACAGGAAUACGGAGUGGUUCAUGUAUCCAGGAGUGUGGACGACUUAUAUACUCAUUCUCUUCUUCGGCUGGCUCGUUGUUCUCUCCGUCUCCGGUUGUUCCCCUGGAAUGGCUUGGACUGUUGUUAAUCUUGCUCACUUCGUUGUAACAUAUCACUGCUUUCACUGGAUGAAAGGAACUCCAUUUGCAGAAGACCAAGGAAUCUACAAUGGUUUGACUUGGUGGGAACAAAUGGACAACGGUCAACAACUUACACGCAACCGCAAAUUCCUUACCGUUGUUCCUGUUGUCCUGUAUUUGAUAGCAUCGCAUACUACGGAUUACAGACAUCCAUGGCUGUUCCUCAACACACUCGCUGUGAUGGUUCUCGUUGUUGCCAAGUUCCCUAAUAUGCACAAGGUACGCAUCUUUGGCAUCAAUGGUGAUAAAUAA